CUAUAAUCAGAUCUCAACUGCUCACUCAGCCCACUCAAAUUUUUCAUCGUCUUCUUCGCGAGAACCUUCUGAUAGAAUUCUCAAGAACCCUAAUUUCUUCAGAUCUUCUCACUCAAAUUUCUGAGAAAAUGAAGAUUGUUGGCACUAAUGUCCAUUUCCAGAAGUUGGAAGCGAAGUGCUCUUCACCAACGUUCUAUCAAUCCUAUCUGGAGAUGAUUGCUGCUCAAGAGCUCUCCGAAUUCCUUCAUAUGGAGAUUCGAUUCAAGUAUGAGAACGAAGUUCUUGAAUUCUACAAGAAUGGAAAGAAGAAAUUGGGAGAAAAGCUUCACCUUCCCAAUUCUGGAGUUGAAAUUGGGAGACUUCCAGCCAAGAAUCUGGAUUGGAAUAUUAUUGGAAUUUCUGGGCAAGUUCCUUCUGGCCCAGCGAAGAAAGAUGAUCUGAACAACGACUACAAGCUAGUCCUUGAACUGGUCAUUGCAUGCCUCGAGUGUGGAAGUGGAGGACAUGCUGAUGACAUCACCCAAGAGAGGGCCUUCAUCAUCAAUGCCCUCAUUACCAAGUCUAAGUCCAUGGGUUCUGCUUCUGAAGGAAAGAAGUAUGAAGCCAGAUAUUGGCUAUACUACCUGUCUUCCAAAGGGGAAAACAGAGCUGGUGCUAGCACAACUGCAGAGGAUGAAGCCUCUUCAGACAAUAUUCCCAUCAUAAGUCUGAAGAAAAUAGCCAAGAGGAAACAUGUGGUGUCUCCCUCUCCUAGUGUUGAAGCACCACAGAAUCUUGCUCUGGUCAAUAUGGAAGAAGAAGAAGAAGUUACUGCCCAAGAAGAACCUCAAAGGAAGAAGAAGAGAAAAAUCACCUCUCCCUCAACUUCUGGAAAUGUCAACCCGGAUGAGUUGAAGGAGAAGGAACCAGUUGAGAAAAACUCUGCCCACAGCCAGAGCCCUCAACAACUUGAAGAAGAAGUUCAUCAAGUCCAUAGUCUUCCAACCUCCUCACCUCAACCUCAAACAGAUGAUGCUGAUAACCAAUUCUGGCAGCUCUACUAUGACUGGAGAGCUUGGAAGGUUGGAAAUUCAGCAGAGCAGUUGUUGGGAUGGGAUCAACAAUUGAAGAAUAAAAAGAUCAUCAAGAAGUGCUUGAGACUGCCAGUCAACCACAGCUAUGAACAAAUCUUGGAUGAUGACUGGGUAUGGCAAAUGAACUAUGAAGACUUGCAUCUGGAACACUUGGCCACCACACCAGUUGCAGAAUUUGAAGUGGAUGAUGAAGAUCCUUCAAUCUACAAGCCGAUCUUCUCAAAAGCCACAGAAGAUCAGAUGAUUCUCACUUCUGAAGCACAGGCUGAUUUGGAAGCAACAGCUGAGGAUUUCCCAAUCUUUCCGGAAACCUCACCUUCCUUUGUAACGGUUCUGCCUGAAGCUGAUCAAGAGAAUGCAGCCUCUACUCCACAAGAACAGAACCAAGAAGCAUCAGAAGAAGAAAUUCAGCAACCUCUCAAAUCUCAAUUCCUUGAGAUUCGCACAACUCCUAGCCAAGAGGAGCAAGCUGUAGAAAUCCAAAGGAAUUCUACAGAAGCUGAAAAGGAAGUUCAAAUGGCAGCAUUGGAGGCCCCUGAAACUCCAGUAGCUGUUUUUGAAGAGCAGAAUGAAGUACCGGAAAACUGGACAAAGAAGGUCCAAGGGUUGAUUGAAUCAGCCCUAGCAUCUCAGCAUGCCUCCUUUAGGCAAGAGAUAGAGCAGAUGGAAGCCAGACACAACAAGCUGAUUGAGAAAUCUCAAGAGAGACACAGUUCAGAUCUCAAGGAGAUAAGCAAGUCAGUGCACAAGACUCUAGAGAUCAUCUCUCUAUUGAGUAACUCUGUGAGCGACACAAUGAAGACAUAUGCAUCUGACAGUUAUCUUCAACUCAAAGAAGUCAAUAAAAUCAGAGAGCAAAUAGCAAAUGUCUCAGUUAGUCUACAGAAGCAGAUGUCCCUUCUCCAAAUGAACAUCAGAUUAGCCGUGGCAGUGUCUUCAGCAAAUCAGGUAGUAACCAAAGACUACUUGAAGGUUAUUAUUGACAAUCAGAAGGAAGCAUUCAGACUGCUCAGACACUUUAGCACAAGCUCUGGCAACCGCAAGAUGGAAGUGAUUCUUCAACAACACAGUCCAUCCUUGAUUCUAGAGCUCCCUAUUGCAGUCAAGGAAGGAGAAGUCUCUUAUAUUCCUUCGCAUCUAAACAUGACUGACCUGAUCCUCGAAGCUCAGAGAAAUAAUCCAUAGAACUCAGCACAGCAUCUAUCUA